AUGUUCAGCCGACGGGAGGAGGAACGGCUGCGAUGCGACCCAUCACGUGAACGAGUGCGAUCCUUGGAGCAAUCGCCGCGCCGGCCGGCCUUCCGCGCCGAUCAAAUCCCUCUCGCACGGGACCGUCGAGAAGAAGGAUCGACGAGCGUGGGAGCAGGCGACGCCGAGCACGUCGGGGGCGCGGAUAGAGACGCGUGGCUACGAGAGAGAGAGAGAGAGAGAGAGAGAGAGAGAGAGAGAGAGAGAGAGAGAGAGAGAGAGAGAGAGAGAGAGAGAGAGAGAGAGAGAGAGCGCGGAACUGGCGAGGAUCGUGGAAACCGCCGCGACGCAGGAGUGUUCCGCUCUCCGGACAAUCGAGAACGUCGUCGGGAUGAGAGAGGUCGUUGGCGAGGUUUUGGGGAACUUCCCUGGGGACGAGGAGGAGACAUAGGCGGCGAUGACCGAGUGGGGAUCCCGCAAGAGAACGCGGCACUGGAAGUGGCAGGGGGGCAAUGUGCGGAAGAAGAUGAGGAGAACCAAGGGCUGCAGGUUGAGGAGGGCGGUGAAGGAAAUGACGGCGACGACCAGGCAGCAGGAGCGGGUGAGGCUGAACCCGCGCAGGCUAAUGAGAGCGCUGGCGCAAGCCAGGCGGCAGACGUAGAAUCGGGGGCCGCGCUGCAGGAAUCGUACCGCCGAGGCAUCAGCCGUGGAGAAGAGCAGCGCGCGGAGGGCUCACUUCGCCAGGAGCGAGUGACACCAGACGAGGGCGUUCAAGAUGCACUGGUGCAGCCACAUGGCAAGGGGAAGGCGGAGCGGUCUCGCACGCAGGAGAAGGAUCCGCACCAUGGAGAAUGGCGCGACAACAGCGUACGCGCGGUGGCAGAUGGAACGAUUAGUCGCGCUCACCUGAGCCGCACGGGCGCCAGGAAGGAAGGCACGGGGAGGAGCGGUGGUCAAAGGAGCGCUGCGGUCAGCAGCAAGGGAAGCGCAGCAGCGUGGGGCGUUCGCCGGGUCGGCCGAGGCAGAGAGAGGAGAGGGAUAGCAGCGAGUCCCGCUCGCCCGAGUGGCGCCGCCAGCGGAGGGAGAAAUACGGAAGGGAAAGGCACUCGCCCGAGUGCCACCAACAGCGCAGCAGGAGGGAAGGCAUCUGGUCACAGUCGCCGGAGAGGCGGCAGCAGCGCAACACCAGAAGGUGGGAAGGGCGGAGGAUGCACGACCCACCCACACAGCAAUGCGGACGUGCGGAAGAAUAGGGAGGGCCGAGGGAAAGGCGCCGCGAGGCGGAAGGGAUUCGCCAAGAGAGGGUCUGCAAAGGGCAAGGGAGAGAGGAGCGGAGAAACGUCGGCCAAGAGGAGCCAGUGA